UAGCAAUAUCUUUGUCUUGCAUACUGUUGUACCACUUGGUCUAUGAUAUCCACUUCCUUGCCUGGAAUAAUUUCUCUCACCUUCUUCUUAUUCGGCUGAGAGCAGAGGCUCAGACAUGAGUCUUGGAGACAGAAUCUUGCACAACCAAGAGCAUCUUAUACAGUAUCAACUCUUUAUAAACUCACCAAUUCACAUGCAAUUUCUGCCAAACCGGGCGAUAAAAGAGAAAGCCCAACGGACUCCGAGACAUGACCCAGCGGACAUCCGGGACCACGUGACGGAGGGUUGUUCCUGCCUUAAGACACAAGUCCGCCGGUCAAGCUUCCGUUAUUUUUCUCGAUUCGUGGGAGUUUUGUUUACUGUUCACAAGUUCGUGGCUCGUUUCAUUGCAGCAUUGUUCUGAGAAUUCGGUAUUAGAGAGUGAAGAGAGAGGUUUCAAGUGAGAUAUAUCGGCAAUGCGUUUCCUCUGCCUUCAUGGGAAGGGCACCAGUGCGCGGAUCUUCCAAUCACAGACCGACUUACAGCGGCAUUUCGAAAACUUCUCCCAGAGACGUUUGAAUUCGAU